AUGUUCAUUGCAUAUUCGACGGCGAAGUGGUACAGUGCCUACCAGGGUAUUGUCAUUAACGGAGACACUCGAAAACACAUGUUUUGGGGUGUGCAGGGAGGACCUGAUUGGAUAUGGCGAUGCUAUCAUGUUUGGGGUCGGUCAUUUCGAACCGUCUCUGGCUUGUUAGCAUUUGUAUCUUUGGAGGCCGCCCUUUGCAUUGUUGCCACACUGUCAGAUGCAUCCUACAAUGAUACAUUCUACAAUAUCUACGACUACAUCGUCGGCGCAUUAAUAUUCAUAUCGUUUGUCACCACAGUAAUAACAACGUUCAUGAUUGGCUUCAAGAUUUACCGCGCCUCUCAGUUCAGAGGCUCACCGUACAGAAAAUUAUUCAACAAUAUCACGGUUAUUUUAAUAGAAUCAGCGGCUCCGUAUUCGAUUAUUCUCCUUCUCGAAUCCGUGACUUCAUUCAUUCCUUCUUACAACGUUUUCGGUUCAAAAGAAGAUAUUUCUGUGACCUACAUGGAUGCGGCAAUGUCCUUUAUCACUGGAAUAGCGCCAACUGUUCUGGUUGCCAGAGUUGCCUUGAUAAGCUCUGAAACAGUGAUCUCUAGACCACCUUCAAACCUUUGA